CACUGCAGCUCAGUUACACUUUUUGAGUUCGUCUGACAUGUAUGAAAACGUCAAUUCCAAAUGUUUUUAUUUUAUUUUACAAAUGUGCAAAUGAUUAACUAGGUAUGUUUUUGAAGUGUCUGUUGUAACCUGUAAAAGUGGGCCACAAUGGAAGAUGCCCUAGCUCAAAAGUAUGAUCGAAUUCAGCAGUUUGCUACGCGGGACUGGUUGGGCCCGAGAAGUGUUUCUCUGUCAAGGCUGGAAAGGCUCCAAGCGAAUGUGUACGACAUGACGCCAACCUCAUCAAAAAUUCUGCGCCCAUCUUCCGGAAGUUCCAGCCGUAAAGUGUACACUGAGUUGGAUACAGCACCACCUCUAGCUACCAAGUCACAUCUUGCCACAGCAACAGCUUGGGGUAGCAAUGCCUCCAUCCCUGAACUCAUAAAGCAACAAGGGGAACGUCAAAGCACUCGUCAGACUAGCAACCAGGGCCCCCGUCGCCCCUUGAGUGGGCAUAAGGUACCACCCAGUCCAACCCAUCAGCGAAAUCAGAGGAGGCCAUCUGCUACUGAGAGUGGUAAAGAUACCGGUGACUCAUCACAGCGCAGGCUGAAUGCAUUUAUAAACGUAAAAGGAGCUAAGUAUGACCCUAAGAGUAGACCGCCGAGUGGCAGAGGAUCGAGACAAACGACAGGGACAGCCCUGGCUGAGCUGAUGCUUGGUGUGGAGGAUCUCAGCAAGAUGGACGUGGAGAGCACUCUGGAAGAAUUCAUCAGAAAUCAACCUAGUCCAGGAAAACUUGAUCUUGCCAGACUCUCUGCUGCAUUUGGGGACCAUCCAUCACUGAUUGCUCCUCCCCCUGUGCCACGGGGCUCACCUAAUCCAGAUGAUGAGGAGGCAUACCUUGAAGGAGAGGGCAUGGCAUCAGAGGGUGGAGACAACGCAAGGCAGGAGUCCCCCUAUAGAGAAAUCUUCGUUAAUCAGCCAGGAGUUCCGCAGCUUCUGAGACGCCCCACCCCUGAACCUGUAAGGUUGUCUAUGACAAUACCUGGCAUGGGUGAAGAUAGUGAGGAAGAAGAGGAUGAUGCUGAUGAACAGGAGAACUGGAGCGAUCUAGACAGGUCUGACAAUAAGUCGUCUCCCAACAGAACACAACCUGAUCUUGAGCUUCAAAGUGUCACAAGUGAAGUGUUAACUCAACUUGACGAUGCCCCAGGUAGUCCCAUUUUACCCCCUUAUAGGGACCAACCUACACCCCUAAAUACCGACAGUCAAAUCAGGAUUGUUCCAACGCACUCGACUGAAACAAAGAACGAGUUGGAUGAUGGUCAAAAGAGGGACCCCUUUGAGAAAUCCAGAGGCAAACAUUCUGUUCACAUAGCCGAGGAGCGUAAUGUGACCAUCGACAUAACACCCCGCGACAUUUUGAAACCUUACAUUCCCCGCCCGCCUCUUGAAAAGCGACGACCACAAAGUGCUGUGACAAAUAGAAACCAGAAUGACUCUGAUCUGAAUGACAAAAGCAUCGCAUCCCGAACAUCUUCAAGACCAGCUACUGCCAGACCAAAGUCAUCAAGACCCAGGGUUGCAAGAGUUGGAGUGGAGUAUGGCGACACUGUGGAUCAUUCCCAUAGAGAGGAUGGAGCGCCAGCCCGAUUGCAUAUGAGGAGAGCUGAAGUUGAAACAAUGAUGUCUCGGAUGGAGUUAACUGAUGAGGAGUCAAACGACGAUGUCAGACCGGUGAGACAGGUGUCUCAGUCCUCCCUGAGCAAGAACUACUACGAGUUGUCGAGGGAAGCAUCCAGCGGUAAUCCCCAACAAGGCGCGGUGUUGACGACCAAGACAAUCCGGCUGGGUGAGAGCGGACUGAUGGAGCAGAAAUCGGUGUCAGUGAUCAAGCAAGCAUCUGAGCCGUUUCGGUCUGCUCUGCAUCGUCAAGAAAAAAGUGGGAAAGAGACGGAAGGGAAGAAACUGAAAUCUGGAAGUGACGAGGACAGCUCUCAAAAGACACACAGUGCUGUUCGAAGACCAAUGAAGGCAACAAACUCAGUUAAGAUAGCUUCUCCAGGGAGGCCUGAGUCCAGAAUGGGUUACAGACACGGUGAUACAGAUGUCAGCACAACCCCUGGGGAGGGAGCAGAGGGGAAAGCUAAACCCGAAGCAAUUGCUACAGCUAGGAGGGUGUCUACCAGACCGGCCUCGGCCCCGAUUAAAAGACGUGACGCAGAAACAUUGUCUGGAAGGAAAAGUCCAGGCAAGACCAGCCGACGACCACACUCAGCAAAACCACCAACAAAUGUGGGGACUGACGGAAAGUCAAGUGCAAUUGUCACAACAACUCCAAAGAAGCGGUUUGUUGACUACAAGAGGAAUAGAGAGGCAGUAAAAGCUCUAAGAGAUGGGUCGUUGAAAAAGGAGAAGAAAUUCACAAAGCAAGUUGUUGCCGUUGAGGAGCCUAAGCCAGUCUUCUGGUAUCCCAAGAAACCGGUCUCGGAGUCCUCUGAAGAAGAGGAACCAAUGGUAAUACCACUGAGUGUACAAGAGCAAGAAAUGGAGACCAUGCAUCAAAAAUUGUUAGAGCGAGGCGUCAAUGUUUCCGCCCAAACCCUGGCAAGGGGACUUUUACCACCCACACAAAGAGGAUAUGAUGACUGCGUAGCAGACCUGCCACAAAAAACCUCCCUCGGCUUACUGAAUCAGCCCGAAGCCUGGCUCGGAAAUCUCUUUCGGAAGUACAAGUUAGCGGAGAGGGCAUUAGUAAGAGCCAAUGAUCGUAUGACCUUGCAGUCUGAGAUGGAGGCUAAGAGGGCCGCCCGACCGCCACGGAGCAAGAAGAAGAAAAGCACCGGGACAAAGAAACAAAAAACCAAAGCAUGGUUCUCAAGGAAUGUUGAGGAUGUUAUGCACAGCAUCAAACACCUAGACUCUUCGAGGGAAAGAAUCUCCUUGAUGACCGUAACAUGUAACAGCCCACGCGAUGUUCGUUAGUUUCUUCCUCCAUGGUUAGAUGCACAU